AUUACUAUAUCACAUAAUAUUAUCGUAAAUAAUAGAAUGAUUUUUACUUUUAAAAAUUGAAAUUAGUAAUUACCUACUCAAAUAUAUCACGAGUAAAUUUCCACCGAUUGUUAUUACGUCGAGAUCCGUGUGUUCAAUUCGCAUACUGCAUUACUGCAUAGGUAAAAAUGGAAAACAUGCAGCAAAGUUCCAAUGGAUCUUUCAAUGAUUAUAACGACGUCAAUUUGACUAUAAGGAUUCUAUUUCAUGGCCGAGAAGUUGGAAAUGUGAUUGGUAAAGGAGGUGAAACUGUAAAAAAUAUAAGAGACCAGUCUGGUGCUAGAGUUUUAAUCUCUGAUGGUUCAACUCCAGAACGUAUUGUGACCAUUACUGGAACUACAAAUGCAAUUUGUAAAGCUACAGAACUUAUUGGACUAAGAGUUGAAGAAUUUUUUGAGAGACAAAAUGGUGACUGGAAUGGCCCUAAAGCACCUUUGACUUUUAAGCUAAUUGUGCCAGCAUCUCAAUGUGGUUUCAUAAUUGGCAAAGGUGGAUGUAAAAUAAAAGAAAUUAGAGAAUCGAGUGGAGCUGCCAUACAAGUAGCAUCAGAUAUGUUACCCAAUUCAACUGAACGAUUAGUAUCAAUUACUGGUACUACAGGCACAAUAUCUCAAUGUGUUUAUCAAGUGUGCAAUGUACUACUAGAUUCACCGCCACGCAGUGCAACAAUCCCUUAUGAUCCUCGUAGUAAAACUUCAGGAUUUGCUAGUAAUGCAGUUGGUAAUGAUUUUGGAAGACAGCGCACUAAUCCUUUGGCCAGUCUUGCAGCUCUUGGGUUAGGAACUGCAUCAACUGGAGGCAUCAAUCCAGCUGCCUUAGCUGCAUUAGCUGGAAGUCAGUUAAGAACAGGAAAUCGUCAAAACCGAAAUGGUAGUGGGGAACACAAAAAUCAAAAUUCUAAUUCAAACACUGAGACUAUAUCAAUGACUGUACCUAAUGACUUAAUCGGAUGUGUCAUUGGUAGAAGAGGAAGUAAAAUUGCAGAAAUUCGACAAAUAAGUGGUGCUUUAGUGCAUAUAGCUAAAGGUGAAGGAACUCAUGAAAAUGGCGAGAAUGAAGAUCGACAUAUAACAAUUACAGGAAAUAAAGAUUCUAUUUCAGUUGCCAAGUAUUUAAUUGAAAUGAGCGUGGAACUGCAGAAAGCCAAUCUUGAGGGGGCUAACUCAUCCUCUAGUCCUGAUGAUGGGUCCAGCUCAACCUUGCCCACUCCUCCGACGGUGGCCGCAUCUCCUUUGUCGUCCGCCAUCCCGUUGGCUCAACUAUUUGCCAAGCCGGGUGCCAUUAAUGCCCUAUCCAGCUUAUCUGCUCUUGGCGGCCUAACUGACCUCUUGGGAGCCUUAUCUGGCGCCAAUCAAUCCCCUCCGAUACAGACCACAGGUGUCCAUCGUCCGAAAAAUUAUUUCCAGAGAAACCGCAGUCCUUCAGGCGAAAAAACUAAAGCAGACAGGACCAAGUUUGCUCCUUACUGAAUGCUAAUUGAUCCAAAAUCCCCCAAUUAUUGAUAUUCAUACUAAUGUUUUAUCCUACCCAUCUUGAUUUUCUAUUUUUAAGUAGUUUUUUUCAUUAUUUUAUAAUUAUUUAAGUACUCAUUAAGGAAACUUCUAAUUUUUGAAAGUCUGAAAACAAUUCUAAAAAAACAUCUUAUUUGUUUUUAAAUUAUUUAACAUAAUUGAUUUAGUUUAUGGAUUUAAACUUUAAAAAUUAGAUAUCUACAAAUCUCUUUCAUGGGUGGAAUUAUUGCAUUUUAAGGUUUUUAUUUAAUAUAUUUUAUUGUGUCCAAUUUUUGUUUCACUUUUUAGUUUAGAUUGUUUCCAAUCACUACUUAUAGCCUAUAUUUUUAGUUCUUACAUUAUAUUUUUUUUUAGAUCUUAUUGAUAACAUAUCUUGUAUUCCUUAUUUUAUUUCAUAAUUUUUAACAUAUUAGUACGGUAUCCAAUAAAUAAAAUCUGCUUUGUUUACAAUUGUUGAUAUUAUAUUUUUUACAAUAAUAAAAUGAUGUAAAAAUGAGCUUACAACAAUUAAUAAGAUAAUAACUUGCUGCAUUCGUGUAGCAGGUGACCUACCGCAGUAGAGUGAUGUGUACAUUUAGAACACAAAUUAUAUUUUUGAAUAUGUCAUAUCAUACAUAUUUUUGUGAAGUACAAAACAUAAAAAAUAAAAAAAUAAAUAGUCCAAUAUAAAACAAAAUUCAAGUAUAGUAAACAUUCUUAGUAUUAAUUCAAAUGUAUAUGCAUUUUAAAUUUUAAAAUAUACAUACAAACAUGCACUAAAAAAAAGUCAAAAUAUGCAAGAAAAAGAUGCAAAAUAAAAUUUCAAUUUUUAUUACACUUUAUAUUUGAUUUUAAUUUUGCAGUGAUAAUUAUUAUUUAUUAGUUGUAUUAAAAUGUGCAUAAACAAAAAGUAAAAUGUAUAAUAUGACAAAUAUGUAAUACGAUAAUGUAAUUUAAUUUUUAAUCAUUGAUAUAUUGUAAAAUAUAUUUUAUUAAAAUCAAAUAGUAGAUUUGUCCUUUUUAAAAAUAAUGUUAAUUCUAAAUUAAUUUUCUUAAAUUUUGUCAUAUUGUAAUACAACUCUCCCCAUCCCAUCUUCAAAUAAAGAAUAUCAAACAAGUCUUAUGUUGAAAAAUGUUUAUGUUAUUUUUGUAAAUAAUAUACUAAAUAAUAAAUUUAAAUAUGUGAUGGAUUGCAUAUUGAAAUAGUACUGCAAAGUUGAAAAAUCCACGUGGUAAUGUUUUUCAUUUAUAAUAUUAAUACUCUGAUAUUUAUAUAUAUUUCACCCAAAAUUAUCUUUUAAAAAAAUGUCAUCAAAUAUUAAAGAAAAAUGAGGAUAUGAGAUAUUGAAAAAUUGUUGAGGUUUUGAAUAAUAGUAUUGCAAUCAAUUAUGAUACAAUGUUAUUUAUUAUACAUUAUAUUAUACUUAUACUGUGAUAUUGAAUUAUUACAUCUUACAUGUAUGUCGUAUUCAUGUACAUAAUAUUAUAAUCACAAUUGCACCAAAUAAUUGUUUAAAUUUACUUUUAAGCUCACAUCCCAACUAAGCAACUAAAAAAGUUUUUAGAAUAUUAAUAAUGAUAAAUAAUGGAAUUUUUCAUGUUUACCCAACUUCUUCUUUCACUUAAAAUGUCAAAUAAAUAAUAAUUAAUACAUUUUUAUUUAAAAUUAUAAUAAAACUAAAAAAUUAAUUAUACCCUCAGAGGAAUUGAGUUAAUUAUUUUAUUUGUAUUUAAUAUAUUGAAGUUUAAAGAUGGCUUUUAAUUGAAACUGAUAGUAUUAUUUAUUUUAUAAAAUAUAUUUACUUUUCUGACUAGUCUGCUUUGUGUUCAAAUUUAAAAAUAAUCACCUUGUAUUCAUAAAUGUAAAAGUAUAGUAAUAAAAUAAUUACCUAAUAUAUAUUUUAAUUUCAUUUUAAAUUGUAAUAUUAUAAUCUUAGUAAUAUAUUUACAUUCAUAAUAAAAUAAAAUUUAAAUUCAAAUAAUAGACUUGUAUAUUUUUUUUUUUUUUAGUUGUAUUAUGAAAUUUUAUUUUUACUUUUAGAUAUAAAAAAUAAUCUGAAUCAAUUUUUCCUGAAUCCUACAUUGUGGUCUUUUUCUAUACAUAAUUUUACUCUUCGAUUAUACUCACUACCAAAGUAUAAGCUACUUAAAAUCUUUCACAACAUUUGUACUAUCUAAUAUAUGAUCAACUACUUUUACGAUUACCAUCUAUCAAUGAUCCUUAUUGAUGAUUAUUUAAUAUGAUCUAUAGCUUCAAGAAAGCUAUUUUUUUCCUGAAAAAUCCAUCAAGAUAACAAACUCAAUGGAAACAUUGGUCAAAUUGUUGAUGUGUUUUAAAUGUAUUGAUAUUUAAUAUAUUUUGGAUGAUAUAUAUACUACCUUUGCCCAUCUAUUACAAGGUGUUAAUAAAACUAUUUUGAAUUGUUGGCUUAUUUAACACUGAUGGUCAUUUAAGGAGGAUGUUACAACCAUAUUAAAAGACUGGAGAAGUUUGCCAAAUCAUGAAUUACUUCUAUAAAUAUUUCAUCAUCUAAUUUACAAAGAAGAAGAUUUCAGCAAUCCAUAAUAAUAAACAGAGUACUUAUAAUUUGAUUCACAAGAUUUUUAUCAAAUUAUAUACCUAUAGGAUAUGCUUUAAUUCACUUGAAUUAUAACUAAUAUGAAAAUGAUAACAAAUUAAGUACAUUGUACUCUCGAUUAUCCGUGUUGUGGAUUAUACGUUGCCUCCCGCGGAAUCAUCUAUAUACAUAUCAGUAUACAAAAAAAAAAAAGUUGUACAUCAUUAUCGGUUUAAUUGGGUUGUGAUAGUUGAUUACUUGAUAACAACAUACAUUUGUUUAAUAAUAAUAAUGUUUUUUGGCAAUUGUUGAUAUGUUUAAUGAAAAAUAUAUUAUUUGUGGAUGCCCUGCCACUGUAUUCCGCGAAUAAUCGAGAGUACACGAUUACACUGUAUUUGUGUAAUUAUUUUGAAGGAUGUUGAUGAUUGCAUAUAUAUUAAAUUCUGUUGACUGGUGUUUCCAAAUAAAUAUUUUUAAUGAUUAUAA